UAUACUUACUCGCCGGAAAAAUACACAUAUAUAAAUUUACGUAAGAAAUUGCCUAUAAACAAGAGAGGAGGGUCGUGAGAGGUCUAGGAAUAUUUCCCAAUAAAUUCCAGACCGAUUCGUAGUCACCGGAGCAUCCUAGAGGUCGCCGGAGUUGCAAGCCAAGGAAAUGGGUCUUCAGCAAGUGCGGAAAUUUGGCCGUAGAUAGGGGUGGCGGAGCUUCUCCUCGACGUCAGGAUCAUUUUGCAACUUGAAUCGUUUAAAUCCGUUACCUAAGAAGAAUUCAAGUGAAGAUCAAGCUAGAGAUUUUAUUAAGGAGAUUAUCGCAAUUUAAGAUGAUUAUGAUUAUGAAGAUUGAUGUACUUGCUGCCCGAGUGUUCCGCUAGUUGCACACGUUUGAUUAAUUAUUGUUGUUUAAAUUUGUAAUCCAUAAACUUGUUUUAAGCUUUAUCCAAUGGCUACUUGAAUUUAUGGUGGAUAGCCUGUGCACUCAAUCAUGUAUAGGUUGAGUGUGGCGGUGACACACCUGUUUUUCCAUUAAAGACUUCCGCUGUACUCUAAAUAUGUUUUAUAAUAAAGAUGUUUUCAUUUCAAAAUGUUAUUUUAUUUUGGUGGGAAAAAUGGGGGUGUUACAAGUUGGUAUCAGAGCCUUAGGUUUUCCAAAGGGAUUAGAACACGAGGUAAUAGGUUGUAUGGAGAAAUUCUGUCACCAAGACGAUAAGAGUCUAAGGUUGUUGGUUCUUAAUUGAGCCUUUGCGCUCGUCCAACUACCUGGGAAUUUCUCCUUGUGCUGAAACUUCGUCGUUCGAAAUCGUUGAAGGAAACCUUUGAAAUUGUACCUUCAAAAGGGAGAUUUUCAAAUAUUUUUAAAAUUAGGAAAGAUAAUAUAGCUAGGAAAUGGCCUUUUAGGAACGUGGUGAGGACCUUGUGAGUAUUUAUUUUCCUUACAUGUAUCAUGUAUGUGAUAAUUAUGCUAAUUGUGGGCCCAUAUGAGAAAUGGGAACCCCAAAUGCUAAAUGGAAUGCCUCAUAAGGCAAAAUUCCUAAGUGGCUAAGGUAUGUACAAACAUUAUGUGCGAAAGUGAUCUUAUGUGAAGUAUGAAUCCUCUGUAUGAUUGUUAUGUACAUUUUAUAUAUUCUUGUUACAUAGCCUAUGGAAUCCUUAGUUGAACUAGGACCCUUAGGAGUAAAAUAUAGAAAUUCUUACACGAAUACUUUGUGUCAUCAAGAUAUCAUGGCACCAAGAAGAGACCCUGAUAACACGCCCACCAAUGCUGAGUUGGCACAAAGCGUUCAGCAACUGGCACAAUUUAUGCACACACUGGGUGCUACUGUGCUCCAGAACAACCAAAACCAGAACAACGGGAAUGAUGCCGCAAAACGAGUGGCAUCUCGCAACCCUCCAAGCUUUCAUGGGCAAGAAGAUCCUCGUAUCCUCGAGAAUUGGCUCCGACUCUUUGACAAACUCUUCGACGCGGUGAGCUGUCCGGAAGAGCAAAGGGUUGACAUUGCUGUUUACUAUUUACAGCAAGAGGCAGAUAACUGGUGGGUCUCAUCAGGCCCAACUUUACGUCAACAACCUGACUUCAAUUGGGAAGCUUUCAAGAUUGCCAUGAGGAAACGUUUUUAUCCUGCACACGUUCAGGCCACCAUGCGUGAUGAAUUCAUACAUUUGAAACAGAUGGGCAUGAGUGUCGAGGAAUAUCACAAUAAAUUCGUGGACCUCGCGCCAUUUGCGAAAACAAUAGUGCCUGAUGAAAGCACCAAAGUUGAGAAAUUUAUCUACGGAUUAAACUAUGAUAUGCAGAAAAUCGUCGCUGUUUUGGGUUGCCAAACUCUGACUGAAGCUUAUGAUAGAGCUGCAGUUCACUAUCGAGUUCAGCAACUACAAAGAGAGAGGAACCAGAAGAUGAAGAGGGACGAAGAUGGAGGUCGAGGAGAAAAGAGGGUCAGAGUGCACCCACCUACACAGCAACAAGAAGGGAGGAGGAGGAGAGAUGACCAAGGUGGAAGAAAUUUCCACGGUCAAAACCAACAAAAUGAUCGAAGAGCUGCUCCCAGAGAUAGACACUUCUACUGCAAGAGGUGCAGGAGAGAUCAUCCUGGUGUUAAUUGCGAUGGAAGCCUGACAAAAUGUUUCAAUUGUGGGAAGCUAGGGCACCGAACCUUCGAGUGUCUCUCAAAGACCAAUGGGGCACCAGUGCACCAGGUGCAAUACCGUGAUGGAGGAAGGCCAGAUAUGAACCAAGCUGGGCCAAAUGGAGGACAAAAUAACAACAACAAUGCCGCCGCCAACAACAACCGCAACCCUCGAGGAGGAGGGGAGAAUAAUCAUGGCAAUGGCAAUGGCGGGAACAAUGGCAACGGCGGAAACAACGGCAACCGUCCGAACCAAGGGCGAAUCAUGGUGAUGAAUCAGGCCCAAGCCAAUGCUAAUGAUGUGGUUUCAGGUACAUUCCUUGUAAAUUCUGAGCCUGCUUAUGUUCUAUUUGAUUCUGGUGCUUCUCACAGUUUCAUAUCUUCUAGUUUCGUUAAGAAAUUGAAGAUUGAACCAACGGCUAGAAUAGACUUGAAUGUAAGAACCGCCUCAGAUAAAUUUGUAACUUGUGGAAAUGUAUACUCCAACAUUCCCAUACUCAUAUCUGAAUCCAACCUACCUGGAGAUUUAAUCCAAUUUGACUUAAAAGAUAUUGACAUAGUACUGGGCAUGGAUUGGUUGGGGAAAUACAAAGCCAGGAUCCUCUGUGAUGAACAGAAGGUGAUCUUGAAGGGUCCAAAUGGGAAGCGAAUAUCUUACAAAGCAAUCACAUCCAAGCCUAGUAUGAGGCUGAUGACUAUGCAACAAUUAAGGCGACAUAUCCGAAAGGGGUAUGAAACAUACCUGUGCUUUAUGAAAGAGGUGAAUACAGGGGAGCCAAACAUUGACCAAAUUGCCGUAGUCAAUGAAUUUCCGGAUGUAUUUCCGGAAGAGAUUCCAGGGAUGCCACCCGAGAGAGAAGUUGAAUUCUCAAUUGAGUUGAUGCCCGGAACCGCGCCAAUUUCAAAAGCACCUUACCGGAUGGCACUGAAAGAAAUGCAGGAGCUGAAGGAACAACUAGAGGAGUUGUUAGAGAAGGGGUACAUAAGACCGAGUGUCUCACCUUGGGGCGCUCCGGUCUUAUUUGUCAAAAAGAAAGAUGGGAGUCUAAGGCUAUGCAUCGAUUACCGAGAGUUGAAUCAAGCAACUAUCAAGAACAAGUAUCCAUUGCCCCGAAUUGACGACUUGUUUGAUCAAUUGAAGGGGGCUAGCACAUUCUCUAAGAUAGACUUGCGCUCUGGAUAUCAUCAAGUGAGAAUAUCUGAAAAAGAUGUACCAAAAACAGCAUUCCGCACGAGGUAUGGACACUACGAGUUCACUGUGAUGCCGUUUGGUUUAACAAAUGCACCGGCGGUAUUCAUGGACCUAAUGAACCGUGUAUUCCGACCUUACCUUGACACAUUUGUGGUGGUAUUCAUCGAUGAUAUUCUUGUGUAUUCAAAAACCCCGGAAGAUCACAAGAAACAUUUGAGACUCACGUUACAAACUUUGAGAGAGAACCAGUUGUAUGCCAAACUCUCAAAGUGUGACUUCUGGCAGGAUCGGGUAGCGUUCUUGGGUCACAUCAUCACCCAGGAAGGCGUAUCCGUAGAUCCAUCGAAGAUUGAAGCGGUGGUUGAAUGGCGUGCACCUACCUCGGUCACAGAGGUAAGAAGUUUCUUGGGUCUAGCGGGAUACUAUAGGAGAUUUGUUAAAGAUUUCUCCAAGAUAGCAAGACCGCUAACCAACCUGACAAAGAAGACAACCAAAUUCCAAUGGAAUGAAGAUUGUGAAGCAGCAUUCCAAGAGUUGAAGAAAAGACUCACAAUUGCGCCGGUCUUGACACUACCGUCAGGGACGGAGGGAUUUGAUAUCUAUAGUGAUGCAUCCAAGAAGGGGUUGGGGUGUGUGCUAAUGCAAAAUAGGAAAGUGGUGGCUUAUGCAUCAAGACAACUAAAGGUGCAUGAAGUCAAUUAUCCUACCCAUGACCUGGAGUUAGCUGCAGUAGUGUUUGCUUUGAAAAUCUGGAGACAUUACCUAUACGGAGCACAUUGUAAGAUAUACACUGACCACAAAAGCUUGAAGUACAUAUUCACUCAAAAAGAGCUUAACAUGAGGCAAAGAAGAUGGCUCGAGCUUAUCAAUGAUUACGAUCUAGAAAUCCAAUACCACGAGGGAAAAGCUAACGUGGUGGCGGAUGCUUUGAGCCGGAAAUCUGAGCACUCAUGCCGAGCAACAUGGAUAUUACCAGAAGAACUAUUCCGAGACUUCCAAAGAUUGAGCUUGGAAGUAAAGCAAUAUGGCGAAGUAGAUGGUGAAAUACAGUUAUGUACUAUGACUGUUAUACCAUCUAUCUUUGACGAAAUCAAGAACGGACAACCGGGAGAUGUAAAGCUCGAAAGAAUCAAGGAAGGAAUGAAAGAUGGCGUCAACGGACCAUUUAAGGUACAUGAAGAUGGGAGCAUCCGAUACAAGGGAAGGUGGUGUGUUCCACUGAAGUGUACAGAUAUUAAAAAACAAAUCAUGGAGGAGGGACACAACACGCCCUACUCGGUACAUCCCGGGGGAGACAAACUAUACAAAGACCUCAAAAAGAACUUUUGGUGGCCGGGAAUGAAGAAAGAAGUAGCUGAAUUUGUAUCCCGAUGUUUGAACUGCCAAAAAGUCAAAGCGGAGAGAUGCAAACCCAAGGGACUCGUGCAACCCUUGGAAGUACCAACAUGGAAAUGGGAUUCAAUCUCAAUGGACUUUGUCGGGGGUUUACCUUUAACAAAGUCCGGGAAAGAUAAAAUUUGGGUGGUAGUGGAUAGAUUGACCAAAACUGCAAGGUUCAUUCCUAUGAAUGAAACCUGGAGCAUGGAGAAACUGGCAAAAGCCUAUGUCAAACACGUGGUCAAACACCACGGAGUACCUCAAGACAUCGUAUCAGACCGAGAUUCACGAUUCUUAUCCCAAUUUUGGAAAGAAUUACAAACGGCUAUGGGAACAAAAUUGAAGUUAAGUACUGCUUUCCAUCCAACCACGGACGGACAGACCGAAAGAACAAUCCAAACAUUAGAAGACAUGUUGAGGGCAUGUGUUCUUGAUUUGCAAGGAUCAUGGGAUGAACACCUAGACUUGGUAGAGUUUUCGUACAAUAACAGUUACCAUGCUAGCAUCAGAAUGGCCCCAUACGAAGCUCUAUAUGGUCAAAAGUGUAGGAGUCCCUUAUGUUGGGGUGACAUGGUCGAUCAGGUGGUUCUAGGACCACAAUACUUGCAAGAUACUAUUGAGAAAAUCAAGGUCAUCCAAGAAAGGAUGAAGGCUGCCCAAGACCGACAGAAAUCAUAUGCCGAUCUUGGGAGAAAACCAGCUGAAUUCGAACUAGGGGAGAAAGUUCUACUCAAAGUCUCUCCUACAAGAGGCGUAAUGAGGUUCGGGAAGAAAGGGAAACUAAGUCCGAGAUUCAUCGGACCCUAUGACAUCCUAGAGAAGGUGGGAAAAGUGGCAUAUCGAUUAGCUCUACCCACGGAGUUGGAUAAGGUAACAACCGAUUUGAAAUCAAAUACUUCUCUACAAUUAAAAUACAUUCUUAACAUACCGAUAUAUGCUAGGUACAUAACGUCUUUCACGUAUCACAAUUAAAGAAGUAUGUUCGAGAUGAGUCACAUAUCAUCAAUCCGGAGGUAAGAAAUCCUAGACUAAACAUGAGCCAAACGUAAAUUGAAAAGAAUAUAAGUUAACCGUUAUAUUAUUAGGUGAUUGAAAUGGAUGAGACAUUAUCCUACGAAGAAAAACCCAUAGAGAUUCUCGAUACUAAGACCCGAGAGACAAGGAAGAAGACAGUUAAGAUGGUAAAAGUACUUUGGUCAAACCAUUUGACCGAGAAUGCAACAUGGGAGACAGAAGAGGAUAUGCGUAAACGGUAUCCUGAACUUUUCAAUUAAGGUAAAUAUUCGGUUACGAGGACGUAACCUUUCUUUUAGGGGGGCAGGUUGUCAUAUCUUAUAAACCUAUAAUAAUUCAUCUUCAUACUUAAUUCGCGUCUUAGUUUAUGCUUCGAGGACGAAGCAUUCUUUAAGGAGGGUAGAAUGUGAUACCUUGAAAAUUUGAAAUAAAAAUAAAUAAAUAAAUCAGAUAAGUUAUAUCUGAUAAAUCAAAUGAAAGUAAGAUCAAAAUAUUUUUUUUUAUACUUGGUGUAUAAAAAUAUACGCACACUACAUGCAAUGAAAAUUAAACACUUAUGUGGCAUCGGAAAAAAAAAAAUAAAUAAAUAAAUAAAAAUAAAAAUAAAUCAGAUAAAAUAUAUCUGACAAGGUAAAUAAAAAUAAAUAUCAAAGUAUUAUAAGUGACAUUUUGUAACAUGUAAUAAUAUACAUAUACACAUAAGAUGUAACUUGUGGAUGACAAUCAUACACAUAGGUGUUCACAAUAAUACAAAUAGAGGUAAUAAUAUAUGCAAUGAACUUGCGGACUAGACUUAGAAUGCAUUAGAACAACCAACAUUUACACAUGCAUGUUCAUAAUACUAUGUAUAAUAAUAUUGAAUAAUAAUGAAGAAAUAAUUCAAACCAAUCACUCCAUGUAUGAUUCAGCCUAGAAUGAUCGAUCUACAGCUAUAAAUACAGCUUCCUUCCCAUUCUAAAUCACCACAAAGUGAAGAAAACGAGUAGAGAAUAUAUAUAUAUACUUACUCGCCGGAAAAAUACACAUAUAUAAAUUUACGUAAGAAAUUGCCUAUAAACAAGAGAGGAGGGUCGUGAGAGGUCUAGGAAUAUUUCCCAAUAAAUUCCAGACCGAUUCGUAGUCACCGGAGCAUCCUAGAGGUCGCCGGAGUUGCAAGCCAAGGAAAUGGGUCUUCAGCAAGUGCGGAAAUUUGGCCGUAGAUAGGGGUGGCGGAGCUUCUCCUCGACGUCAGGAUCAUUUUGCAACUUGAAUCGUUUAAAUCCGUUACCUAUGAUUAUGAUUAUGAAGAUUGAUGUACUUGCUGCCCGAGUGUUCCGCUAGUUGCACACGUUUGAUUAAUUAUUGUUGUUUAAAUUUGUAAUCCAUAAACUUGUUUUAAGCUUUAUCCAAUGGCUACUUGAAUUUAUGGUGGAUAGCCUGUGCACUCAAUCAUGUAUAGGUUGAGUGUGGCGGUGACACACCUGUUUUUCCAUUAAAGACUUCCGCUGUACUCUAAAUAUGUUUUAUAAUAAAGAUGUUUUCAUUUCAAAAUGUUAUUUUAUUUUGGUGGGAAAAAUGGGGGUGUUACACCUGGCUUCUGUGACUCAGACACUCCCAGGUGCCCUUGAAACUAUCAAAGAUAAUAAUGCUACCGAAUUCUCCAAAAUCGAACUCCUGCUUGGUGAUCUUGUUGAUGCCAAAAAGGGGGAAGAAAUCAGAGAACCUGCUAGAGCCAUCAGAGCUGCAGAAGGAACUAGCACCAGAGCUGUUGAUCCUGCUGUAUACUUUGAAAGGGCAAGGCAAAAGAGGAUUGCUGCUGGUACUCAGAGACCAACUCUUCCAAGAUCAAAGAAAGGAAAGAAGUCAACUUUCACUCUUGCUCAAUGGCUUAAAAGUGAUCUAGCUAAACCUGAUGCUGCUCAAUUUCAAGAAAUGAAGAAGCACAUGACACCUCUCCAACAGGAAAAUCUUAUUCUGGAUAGAGAUGGGACGAUCAUCAUAAAUCAUGGUGGCUCCAUGCAAGAAGCAGAGGAUUGGUGGCACAUGAAAGUGAUCCCUGGCAAGGACAUUUCUGAAGCCAUCAGAAAUUACCUUGAUUGCAAGCUUGAACCUGCCUGGUCAGAGUGUCAGAACCCAAGGAACUUGGCCUCCAUCAGAGCAAAGGUAAAUGCUGAUCUGAAGGAAAUUGAAGCAAAAGAAGCUGAACUAGAAGAGGAAGAUAUCUAAACUCUAUCCUCUUGUUGCUUUAAAUAUCUUUCAUUAAUAAGAUAACCAGCUUGCCUCUAUUUUGCAUGGCAAUGUCAAAUUACUUCUAUUUUGCACUCUGAUUAUUUAUGCUCUGAUAUCAAUUGUGUCAUUUCUUAUCUUUGUUUAUUUGAUUGAUUGUAUCUUACUCUUGCUAUUUUCCUAUGCCAAGUGCCCACCAAGAUUCUAAAUGAAAGUUUAUUUUUUAACUUAUUUUCCCUAUGGUGAAAGGCACUUCUCUGGAAAUAGUUUAAGGGUUUUGGCAUCAUCAAAAAGGGGGAAAUUGUAAGGAAUAAAUGUAAUUAGAUUUUGAUGAUGCUAGGAUAAUUAGAUCAGAAAGUUAAAGUACCCCCAAUUAGAUUUUAUGUAUUAGAAUUUUCAAUUGUAAGUAUUAGUGUAGUCGACGAUCAGAGUUGCUCUGCUUUGGAUCAGAUCAGAAGUGCAUCAGAUUUACUCGACCAGACUUGCUCUAUGAGAACUGCUCCAUCAGAGUUCUCUUAUCAGAAGUCCGUCAGAGUUGCAUCAUGAGAGUUGCUGAUAAAUUUGGACAUCUGAUAACCAAUGAGAGUUACAGAUCAGAGGUACUCAUCAGCGGACCUAUCAGAGUCAACAGAAAUCAGAAAGCCAUCAGAACUCAACUCAUCAGAAAGCCAUCAGAACUCAGAAAGCCAUCAGAAUCUCCAACACAUCAGAAGAGCCUGAUCAGAGCCCGACUAACACUUAGAAGAUUUCAAGCAACAUCCAACAGCUAUGAAUCCAACGGGUAAAAACAUCCAACGGCUAGAAGACUGUGCAUGAAAGGAAAGCAUUUAAUGCACAUUAAAUGAGCCUGAUACGCUGAGGGAUUGAUUGCAAAUGAUUGACCAAGGAAUCCGGGAAGAUAUAUUAUAAAAAUAGAAACCUUCCAAAACGGCGGUCAAGUCAACUGUACGCGCAAUUAAUGCAGUUGUCUCCUCCUCCAACGGGCAGACAACCCCAGUAUAUAAGCUACAAACCGAAGAACAGGACAUAACGCUCUUUGCAAAAACUUUUGCUCCAUUCAUUAACUCUGAACAUACUUCUUGAGAUUCAACCUUCAUAACACUCUACAAGAAAAGUUCUACGUUGGGAAGAUUCAAACUUCAAAUCUUUCAUCCCCAACAACGAGCAAAGU